AUGACCACCCCCAAGAGCCGGCAUUAUGAUUUUGUAACCUCCUUAGUUGCGGAGCACUUCGGGAAGAAUGAUUUCACAAUCGAGGACAUGGAAAAGGCGAAAAACAAUCAUGUCUACCUUAUUCACCUUAAUCUGCCGCUUGCAGAGCUAUCGCUGACAGAGAGUGGAUUUUCACAGCCCUAUACAUCGGCAAUCCCAGGAGGGACCUCAAGAUUGGUACUACGAAUCUCCAAGGACAAUGUGAAUGUGAAAGAUUCCGUGCGAAUUCGGAAUGAAGUUGCAUUCCUCGCUUUAGCGCGCGAUGCGUUAUCUGGUAUCGAUGCCUCAGUGAUCCCGCGCGUGUUCGGAUGA